UCAGGAUGGAUUUGUUUCAGAGUUCCCGCCGCAGCAUGAUUUCCGUCAUGGCGUGGCAGUUGACCGCUGGCGCGACAGCUGGUGGUGGAUUGUAGCAUUCAGCAGUGCUGCAGCUGCCGCUGCAGCAGGUUUGGGUAGAUGUCAUCCAUUGAAGUUCACAACUUAAGUGGACCUCUUUGUACUGUGACCUUGGAAUCCAACAGCACUGUGGCUGACCUCAAGGUGGCUCUCGCCAAGGUGUUGCGUGUGCCACGUCGUCAGCAGCGGCUCAUCUCCGGGAGCAGCCCCCUGGAGGAUUGCCAACGCCUGGAAGAGCUGGGCGAGCCACGGGUCACCUUCGUUCGCAUCACCUACUCCGCGGCCACCUUGGAGUGGAUGGCCCUGGUCCGCCGGAAAAGCGCCUUCCUGUCAAACGCGCCUUUAGAGGUGCGAAACGACCACGAAGUGGUGCUGACGGCCAUGCAACAUGACCGCGAUGCCAUCUGCUGGGCGGCGGAACAGAUCCUGAACGACCGCGACUUUGCAUUUGCGGUGGCUGCCCGGCAUGGCCAGGCCUUGCAGCAUUUGACCUCUUGGCAGGGUGUUGCUCGGCGGAGAGCGCUGGAUACAUUGCAUGAUCCAUCCAUCGUCCUGGCGGCGGUAAGCCAAGACCCCAGUGCCAUCGAGUUUGCCUCACAGAGCCUGGUGAGUCAACAGGACUUCCUGAUCGACGCCAUCCAGUGCAGCAAGGGUCAUGUCUUGCAGCAUUUGAGUCCUGAGGUGCAAGAGGAAGUGGCUUUGCAGAAAGCCGCCGUGAGCUGCAACUGGCUCAUGUUGGAGCACUUGGCUCAGAAGAUGCCAGACAUACGUGACGAUCGCGAAGUGGUCUUCCAUGCAGUGGCUACGCACGGCUGCGCCCUCGAGUUCGCCUCGGUCGCGCUGCGCCGCGACGCGGAGCUGGUGCUGCUGGCGCUGCAGCGCAGCCGCGGCGCGGCCUUGCGCUGGGCCGACGAGACGCUGAAGGGACGGAGGGACUUGGUUUGUGUCGCCCUCCAAGAAGAUGCCGCCAACUUGCAAUAUGCCUCCGAGGAGCUGCGUGCAGAUCCCGAGCUGGUCCUGGAAGCCGUGAAGCGCAACGGCAACUGUCUGAAGUUCGCCUCUCCGCGCGUCCUCUCGGCCGCGCUGCUGCAAACGGCGGUGGACCAGGCGGGAGGACACGUCUUGGAGGCAGUGCCCAGCGAGUUUCUGGAACUUUGUGGCAUGCACAUGGAGGCUGUCGACAUUUUUGAAGCAACCUGAGAACGUGUCACCGGCUGAAGAAUGGAAGAGAUGGCCGGAUUCAAUCUGCGGCUUUCAAAGGAUUGGGGAUAGCUACCGCUGCUGACCUUAUGGCUGGCAAUCUGACAUGUUGAUGGGAAAAUAAUCUUGAA